AUGAAAGAUCCUGACAAGGGUCUUAUCGAGGCGUUCAAGGCGAUGUCUGACAGAUUGGGUCUUGUUUCUACUAUAAAGGAUUUGGCUAAUGAGAUUUAUAAGAAGAUGGAGGAUGUGAAGAGCAGUAAAGGGAGGAGUAAGAAUCCAGUGCUUGCUGCUUGUUUGUAUAUUGCUUGCGAGAAGCUAAAGAAUCCCAGAAGGAUGAAGGAGAUCUGUUGGGCUGCGAAUGGCCUGAAGGAGAAGAUUCUUGGACAUGCCAUUACGGAGAUUAAGAAAAAUUUGGACAAAACUAUGGAUGAUGGGAAGGCUAUAGAUGCUGGUGAUUUCUUGAAGCGCUUUUGUUCUCUUCUUGGUAUGAGUAAUAAAGCUGCAGAAGCUGCUCAACAAGCAUAUGCAAAGACUCAAGAAGUGAUUGAUAUUAGGAGGGCUCCUCAAAGCGUCGUGGCGUCGGUUAUUUACAUGAUAGCUCAAUUGUCUGGUGACAGAAAACAGAUUCGAGAUGUUGCUGAUGCAACUGGAGUUAAGCCAACCACUAUCAACAAAUGUUGUAAGGAAAUUCAUCCUUUUGGGUCGCGACUGGUACCAGCUUGGUAUGCUAAUGAGGACCUCAAGAAGUUGUGUCAGCCUUGA